AUGCGCAGUAAGAUACACGUGCUGUUUCUGUGGAGGGACUAUAGUUGCUCAGAAUUGUAAGAAGGAUAGUUGUGGACAUGGCUCAAAAGUUUAAAGAAUUUGCAGGGAGGUUAAGUAAAGGUGGUGCAGGGCCAAGUGGUUUAGGAACAGGAAUUAAACUAUUAAUAGCUGCAGGUGGUUUAGCUUAUGGAGUUUCCAAAUCAAUAUAUACAGUUGAUGGUGGCCAAAGGGCUAUAAUCUUCAGUAGAAUAGGAGGUAUUCAGAAAGAAAUAUAUGCGGAAGGCCUGCAUUUCAGAAUUCCAUGGUUACAAUAUCCUAUUAUCUAUGAUAUUCGAGCUAGACCAAGAAAAAUUUCCUCUCCAACUGGGAGUAAAGAUUUGCAGAUGGUUAAUAUCUCUCUGAGAGUUUUGGCCAGACCGGAUGCCACCAUGUUGCCUCACAUUUACCGAAUGCUAGGAACUGACUACGAUGAACGUGUUUUACCAUCCAUUUGUAAUGAAGUGUUGAAAAGUGUGGUUGCAAAGUUUAAUGCUUCCCAGUUGAUCACCCAGCGUCAACAGGUGUCACUAUUGGUGAGGAAGGAGUUAAUGGAACGGGCUCGAGACUUUAAUGUUAUUUUAGAUGAUGUAUCUAUCACUGAACUGAGUUUUGGGAAGGAAUAUUCAGCAGCUGUUGAAGCCAAGCAGAUUGCUCAGCAAGAAGCCCAACGAGCAGCUUUUAUUGUUGAACAAGCCAAACAGGAACGUCAACAGAAGAUUGUGCAAGCAGAGGGAGAAGCUACAGCUGCUCAAAUGUUAGGAGAAGCCCUGACGCUCAACCCAGGCUACCUGAAGUUAAGAAAAAUUCGAGCUGCACAAAAUAUUGCAAGAACAAUUGCUAACUCUCAGAACCGAGUAUACUUGAAUGCCGGUUCAUUGAUGUUGAACAUCGCUGACAAAGGUUAUGAUCUUCAAAACUUACCUGACGGGAAGAAGAAGUAGAUGAAGAUAGUGAAGAAGCAGACCAAUAUGGAGGAAAGACUGUAAUUUACCUUUUGAAACAUUAUUAUAACUUCUAAUAUAACCAGUUUUUCUAUAUUACAGUUUGAAGUAAAGCUUGAGUUGUGUCUAGCAUGUUUACGAUGUAUGCUGGAGAUGAACGAACUCUGUAUACUUCAAAAAUUAGAAAUUAAAAGCUUUGAGUAGAUCGUCCACACAAACCAUCAGUGUCUGUAUUAGUAAGUGUAAUUACAAUUAUAAAGCAUGUAAAUCCUGAUUUUCAUUGUUUAAUAAAAUUGUAUCUAGUUGUUAUUUCUACAUCAGAA